AUGACAAGUGGUAGUGAUUUUAAAGAUCUUGAGUUUAGUCUUUUUGUCUUCGGUAGACAAAUAAUAAUGGUUUCACGAAAUAGUGGAUCCAAAUCAGUUGUAGAACCAAAAAUUGCAGACAUGGGUUUGUCUGGAAAAAUAGAUGAUAUAGCAGAAAAUAGAGAAGUAUGUGGUAAAAUACCUUACAUUGCGCCCGAAGUAUUAUCAAAACUAUUAGAAGACAAAUUAGGAGGCAUGAAAGAAUAUACGCAAGCGUCAGAUAUCUACAGUUUUGGUAUGAUUGUUUGGGAGGUAAUAAGUGGUUGUAGACCAUUUUCUGAUCGUAGAAAUAAUGAACAUCUCAUUUUGGAUAUUUUAAGUGGUCUUCGUCCAAAGAUUCCAAUUAACACACCACAAGAUUUAGUCGAAUUAAUGGAAAUAUGUUGGCAUUCUGAUCCAAAAAUAAGGGAAAAAUCUUUAGGGAAUAAAAAUCCAGCAACGGGUUUGAAAAUUAGAUUCGAAAAUAUUAUUAGAAAGAUAGAAAAAGAAGAAAUAAAAUUUUCAGAGAAUAGAAAUGCGAGUGUUUCACAAACUAAAAUAAGUGAAUAUUCCAACCAACCAUUAAACUCAUUAAUUAGUGAAACAUUGAUUGUAAGAUUAUUGAAUUAA